GGAGGUCGCCGCCAUUUCUUUGCUGGCUUUCGUGCUACAGUACUAGAAGAGUAUCACCAUGACAUCUUUAGCUUCCAAGAACAGCAUGAUCAUUACGACGACAGGUCUGAGUAACAACAAUAAUGUGUUCAAGACCUCCCUGCAGCUCCAAACGGCCAAGCCCACCACGUCUUCGAUUCGAGCUGGAUUGGCCCAAGCACAAGUCGCCUUGGCUAAGAAGAAAUCGGAUGAAGAUGACACCUUCGGCUAUACAGAGUCGGAUCCGAACGAAGCUCGCUAUUGGAUGAACCACUAUGGAUUGGGGACUCAUCAUUACAGCCGUCCACAACGACAAUAUGCUCAUCCGCGCAAGCUGCUGCUCAAACCAACGGCUCAAACCUCCAUUGUCCAACAAGUGGUCUUUGGACCAGCCGCUACCACGGCCACUACCAAAUACGCUCCACUUGCUGUGGUGGGUGGACCACGAGUGCAUCUCUACGGAACCAACGCUGUUUCGGCAUUUACUCGACAUUUGGCUCGUCACAGGGCAGGUCACGACAGUCCCAUCACCACCACCACAGUGGCAGCCGAUCGACACGUCCAAACGGGAGGCCACUUGGCUCUGGCGGCCAAUUUUCGAAACGAUGGUCGAUUGUUGGCAGUGGGAACCGAUGUGGGAGAAGUACGAAUCUGUGAUGUCACCAUGAGAGCCACGCUCUCUACCUUUUGCACGCCCAAUACAAAGUUGCCCAUGCGAGUUGUUGUGUGGUUUCGAAAUGGACAGCAUAUUUUGAGUGGCGGAGAUGACGGAGUCUUGCGAGUCUGGAGCUUGUCAGCCUCCUCGGGUUCCAUUGGAGCCGGAGGAGGUAAUAAGGCAAGUACGGCCUUGUUGGAGUUGAUGGGUCAUGGAGAUUCCAUUCGAACCGCCAUUUUGUGGCAACAACCGGCAUCUGCACUCAAAAAUGCUACGACAGCUGCGUGGAAUCAGCUGGCGUUCAGUGGAAGUUAUGAUCACUCCAUUCGAGUUUGGAAUGUGCAAAUGACUGACGAUGAACAAGACGAAGAUGGACAAGAGGAUCGUUGUCUGUCCGUAUUGAGUCAUGGAGCACCCGUCGAAUCAUUGUUGACCAUGGCAUCCACUGAUCCAAAUGUCCCCGUCUGGUUGCUCUCGGCAGGAGGAACCACGGUCAAAGUAUGGAAUCCACUCACCGGGGAGUGUGUUUGCACUGUGGCUACACAACAUCGAAAGACCAUCACGUCCCUGCUUCCCGUUUUGAGGGCCCCCAAAAACACAACCAACAACACUGACAUUGUGCCUGCGUGGCGUGUGGUGACGGGGUCGUUGGAUGGAUGCAUUCGCAUCCAUACAUGGGACAGCUCCACUGGAAAGCUCGAACACAUUCAUGGAAUUCAAGUGGGCACGGCCACGCCCAUUACGGCUCUAGCUGUCGACGAAAAAGGAGAACGACUCGCCAUUGGCACCACCGAAGGGACGGUUCAUAUUCGACAAAAAGGUCCCAGUAUCACACAACACAAGAGCAAGCGACCACCUCCGGCAGGAACCUAUGCCUUUUUCACUCGAGGGGCCAAUGCCACGCUUGAUAUUGGCAACAAUGAUUACAUUCUCGGAGCCGGCCCAUCAGCGACCAAGAAACGCAAACUACAAAAAUACGAUCAAUGCCUCAAGCAAUUCAACUAUGGUGAGGCACUCGAUGAAGCUUUGGAGACUCGCAAUCCACAAGUAGUUGUGGCUGUCUUGGAGGAAUUGGGUAAACGACGUGGACUGAAGAUUGCAUUGUCCAGUCGAGAUGAAGAGUCCCUGGAGCCGUUGUUGUCGUUUUUGGUUCGCUAUGUAACUCGGCCUCGCUUUUCCAGUGUCCUCAUUGGAGUGUCCCACAUGCUGAUUGACAUCUAUAGCGAUGUAGCGGGUCAGUCCGAAUUGGUGGAUGAACUCUUUGGCAAGUUACGAAUGCAGGUCCGAAAUGAGUGUCGCAUGCAGCGGGGUCUCUUGAGGCUGCUGGGUCAGAUUGAUGCCGUCGUGGCAAUGAAGCCUGGUAGUGAUGGCGGUGGUCCCUAAUCGUUAGAUAAGAAGGGUUGCAAAACUUCUAAAUUGCAUCUAGCUCGUCGCUCUAUUAAUAGCUACUAUAGCUAGACUGGUGGAGGAAAUGAACUUAAAAAUGUAUUUGAAGCGUACAGUGGGAAUUCAAAGUGGCCACCAAACUGGCCUGGCAUCUCCAUCUGCGUAGAUAAAUCUCCAAUGCCAUACAGGGUUUAAGAGCAGGAUUGGCGCUGUCAUGCUGACGGCAGCAACGUUGGCUGGUGGUGGAAGACUGAUAUUUAGGAUAGUUGAGGUAAAUGAAAACUAAUAAUUUAUUGCUUAAACAAAUUGAGUUUACCGC